GCAGUGGCGUGAUCUGCGGGGAAUGAGUAUGUGCCUGUCGGCGGGGAGGAGAUCACAGACUCGGGCUGUAGUAGGGUGUGGACGCUGGAAGAGUGUCGGUUCGGACUGUCCCAGUCAUCACCGUUGGUCCACUCCAGCUAUAAGCGGCCGUAUAAACAGUGCAACACAGACACCAGACACUUGCCCUGAGGCUGUGAAGAGACUGUCCCAUCGCACCCUUCACGUGACUGGAUGUCCUGUCAGACCCUCAGCAGUCGUCUUUAGGGUACAGCAGCAUUAGACGCCUCUCCCAGGACACUCCUGGUAGGGGACGAAGGAUUCCGGUAGCGUGAGCGGAGAGAGGGUGCAGAGAUGGAUGACAUCUUCACUCAGUGCCGUGAAGGCAACGCGGUAGCCGUCCGCCUCUGGUUGGACAACACAGAGAACGACCUAAAUCAGGGGGAUGAUCACGGGUUUAGUCCGUUGCAUUGGGCGUGCCGUGAAGGCCGUUCAGGUGUCGUGGAUAUGCUCAUCAUGAGAGGGGCGCGCAUCAAUGUAAUGAACCGCGGUGACGACACACCCCUGCACCUGGCGGCGAGCCACGGGCACCGUGAAAUUCUGGCCAAGCUGAUCCAGUGUAAAGCAGAUACCAAUGCGGCAAACGAGCACGGCAACACCCCUCUCCAUUACGCAUGCUUCUGGGCCCACGACCUGGUGGCAGAGGAUCUGAUCAAUAAUGGUGCUCAGGUGAGCAUCUGCAACAAGUAUGGAGAAACUCCACUGGACAAGGCCAAACCACCACUUGCUGCACAUCUGAAAGAGCUGGCAGAGAAACAGGGACAAAGCCUGACCAAAGUUCCUUUCAAGGACACUUUCUGGAAGGGAACCACUCGAACGCGACCACGUAACGGCACACUAAACAAACAUGCUGGCAUAGAUUAUAAGCAGCUCUCCAUGCUGGCCAAGAUCAACGAGAACCACUCCGGGGAGCUGUGGCAAGGCCGCUGGCAGGGCACAGAGAUUGUGGUUAAGAUGCUUAAUGUGCGGGACUGGACUACAAGAAAGAGCCGUGACUUUAAUGAGGAGUAUCCUAAACUGAGAAUCUUCUCCCACCCAAACGUGUUGCCCGUGUUGGGGGCGUGUCAGGCUCCACCUGCCCCUCAUCCAAUCAUAAUUACACACUGGAUGCCCUAUGGCUCCCUUUACAAUGUGCUUCACGAGGGGACCAACUUUGUUGUGGAUCAGACACAAGCAGUAAAGUUUGCUUUGGAUAUAGCGUGUGGAAUGGCUUUCCUGCACACACUGGAGCCCAUGAUCCCUCGGCAUUAUCUCAACAGCAAAAGUGUCAUGAUUGAUGAAGACAUGACGGCCAGGAUAAGCAUGGCAGAUGUGAAGUUUUCCUUCCAGUGUCCUGGCAGGAUGUACUCUCCCGCAUGGGUGGCACCUGAAGCCCUGCAGAAGAAGCCAGAGGAGAUUAACCGGCGCUCUGCGGACAUGUGGAGUUUCGCCGUUUUGCUCUGGGAGCUCGUCACCAGAGAGGUGCCAUUCGCUGACCUCUCAAACAUGGAGAUCGGCAUGAAGGUGGCACUAGAGGGACUGCGACCCACCAUCCCACCAGGCAUUUCACCCCACAUCUGCAAGCUAAUGAAAAUCUGCAUGAACGAGGAUCCUGCCAAAAGGCCCAAAUUCGACAUGAUCGUGCCCAUCCUAGAGAAAAUGCAAGACAAAUGAAACAGCCCUUCUGGACGACCCCCGCAAACACUGAGUUCACAGUAUUGCCUUAAAAUUCACCACUGUCACCAAAGUGCUCUAUGCCACUGUAGCCCUCUGCUAAAGAAAAAAACGCUUUGUGGAAGCGCUGUUGAACAUUUUUAAAAGCCACGCCUAUAUUCUUAUAUGCAAUCAUUUGUGUUUGUGCAUAUAUAGGUUCAUCAGUCCUUUCAGUCGUGUUCUCUGGAGUGUUUACAGAACAACACUUCUCUUAAAAACUCUUUUCGAUAACCAUUAAACAGGAAGUGGUGGUGGCAGUGAAUGUACAGCAAAGUCAGUUUUCAACUAACCACUCCCACAUUUCACGCAUUGUUCUUGCUCAGUCGCUUCAUUUCAUUCUGUUAAAAGCGUCACAGAUCAUUUCAUCACCUUAAAAUACAAAAAUUUGCAAAUGUGUAUGCAACAACCGCUGUUAGUAUUUAAAGCAUCAUGCCGUUAUCGUUCACUGUGUGUUUUCUUUAGAUUGUCCCUGAUAAGUCCAGUAGGCCUAAUUUGCCUGAGAUUUGUUUUUAAAAAAAGAAAAACAGUGCAAUAAUGCAAUAGCUAAUGCCAAUUUUAUGCCUUAUCAUGUAACAAGUAACCAAAAUAUGAAGUGCCCAUAAUAUCAUGAUUGUACUGUCCCUCUCAUAGCAGGGAGAUACAUAUUAUAAAAACGUUAUGUUAGAUUAAGGUACCGUAUGUUCAAAAGUCACAUCAAAAGUCUCCCAUCUUUGCUUUCAGAAAUCUACAUAUUUACAUGAUCCAUACAAUGCAUGAUUGCUACGUCCUCUGUUAUGUAACUAACACUUCUCCUGUAUCCUAAUUUACUUUGUACAUGUUAAGCAUGUUACGUCUGAGAGAUGUCUGAGAGAUUUUUAUACUGUAUACAUAUAUAAGUGUUUUUUUUUUUUCAUGGGCGAUACAUUAGGCAGCCCAUGAGUGCCUUUAUUUUUUUGCUUUUCUAAACACUACAUCUAUUUACUUCUUUAUUAUGCUUCCACCUUGUUCCUCUUUCAGCUAACCAGUACGUAAUAGGAAACCAAGACGAAAACAAGCAUACUUGACAUCCUUUUUUAAAUUUCAGUGUUUAUGUUUUGAAAAGCAAACAGCGAUGAUAAUGGAAAAACAGACUGAAUAUCUAAUUUAUGCUCACUGUUUUUUCUGAGGUUGUGAGGUUUUUAAUAAAACUUUAUGUGGCUUUUCUUUCUUUAUUUUGGAGAUUUGGGCUGUUUAUAUUUUAUUCAUGAUAACUAAAGUUUACUAAAGGAAAAUAAGAACAAAUAAAAUGUUUUGGCCAUGCUAAAUGCUUCAAUCUGUGUUCAUUUAUCUGUCAGAAAAUAAAUUAUUGGGUUGUUGACAUGAAAUAAUAUCAAGCAGUGACAAUGGUGUUUUGCGAUUGUGAUAUGCUAUAAGCUACUUCAAAAUAAAAGGCUUUUUAAAACA